CUCGUACGUUCUCCUCCUUCAGCUUCAGCUAGGGUUGAGAUUCCGAUCUCUCAAUGUCGAUCAACGUCGGCGAAACCUCCGUCCCGGACCUCCCACUCUUCUUCACCAUGUUCCUAAUCAUCUACCUCAUCGCUUACCUCAUCGUCUUCCGCAACUGGAAACCACAAAUCCGUCCCGAAGCUUCGAGCUGUCUGAUUUCAAUCUUCCACGGUACUCCCGCCGUCUUCCUAGCCUCACGCGCCGUCUUCUCCUCAUCAUCAGGCUUCUCCUUCUCCUCCGCCAACACCGCCGCUCAGAACACCGUCCUCGAUUUCAGCGUCGCCUACUUCCUCACCGAUCUCCUCCACUACGUCGUCUUCUACCCCGGCGACGUCCUCUUCAUCGGCCACCACCUGGCCACUCUCUUCGUCUUCCUCACCUGCCGCUUCCUCGUCUCCCACGGCGCCUGCGCCAUCCUAGGCCUCCUGAUCCUCGCCGAAGUCACCAGCGCGUGUCAGAACGCGUGGACCCUCGCCGGAGCGAGGAAGAGCGAUCCGGAGUCUAGGCUGGCCGUUAAAGUGUACGACUUCUUGUCCCCUCCGUUUUACGCCUUCUACAGUGUCGUUAGAGGAGUGUUGGGACCUUUGUUCUUUGGGAAGAUGGUUGCUUCUUACGCCAGAGGCGAAGCUGACGGCGUGAUACCUAACUGGCUGUGGGUUUCUUGGGCUGUUGUUGUCGGAACUGCUAUUACUGUUAGUAUACUUUGGAUUUGGAAUCUGUGGAUAGAAUUGUUUAGAGAAAGGAAGGCUAAAUUAGGACAAGAGGACAAGAAGAAGGUUAGAUAGUUUUGUCUACGAUCAAUUGUUUUUGGCUUACUUUCGUGUACUAUAAUAAUAAUAAUUGAUUUGCUUUUGGAUGAGAAGCAUGUGUGCAAAUGCGCUUUUAAAUUCAUGUGUGUUGCAUUCUCUGUAUGGUUCAGAAGUUUGUGACACACUGAUAUUGCUGAUGAUUUGUAACUGUGCAAGACGCAGAGGGUAGGAGGGUAUUAGAAUCGGGUUGUUUUAUAAGUGUGUCAUCUUGGUGAGUUAUAAUAUGAACUAGUACUUUCUGUUUACAACGUCAGAUAACCCCUGAUUGAAUACACUUGGCCUCUAUUUGUUCUGUCUAACAAAUAAUAUAGAAGCUUGUGUGUUCUUCCAUGAUGGCCUUCUCCUCGACAGCCAGGUAAGAUUGACAGUCGUGAGAGGCCUAGCAUUUCAGGUUCGUUUGCACCCAUAAUACUAGUUAGUGUGAGUUUAGCUGUGACAAUCCUCAUUGGUUGGGGAAUGGUAACUCAAGGUUUAGUUUUCUGAUUCUUUAGAAUCAGGGCUCUCGGCCAAGGGGAUCUUUUUCUUUCUUUGGUCAAGAUGAUGCAAGGGAUUCUAAACUUUGAAUUUAUACUGGAGCUAGCUAGAGGUAACAAGUCAUGACUGCAACUUUUUAUGUUGGAAGAUGAUUUAGAUGAGAUACUGAUAAAGUCUUGUUCGACCUACCAACAAAAGAACAAACAAACCACCCUUAGAAUUCUUGUAGUGUAUCAUUACAGACUCAAUCAUGUCAAUUCCUUGACCGAGCCUAUUAUUGUAAAUUAGUGUCAGUUUAAUAAAUCUAAAUACGAUCUCUCUGGAGUCUCGAUUUUAUAAUUUUAUAGUUCACCAAUAUCGACCAAUUUUUUCUCAUUUGUAUUUUAUAAAUGUUUCAAGGAUUUGUAUUUUCUCUCUCAAAUUUUUGGCAACAUUCUCAUAUUUAUACGAACACUGAAUAAACUAUCAUCCCCCUUUAAUACCUUAAGCUAUAGGAUGGUCAAACAAUUAUGUGAUGACUUCUUUGUUACAGUUCAAAGUUAAUCUAAUAAAGAUUCCAACAUUUUUUUCGGCAAUAAAGAUUCCAACUACAAAAGUUAAAUAAAAGUUUUCUCUUAUAGUAUAACCAAGAUUUUCAAAAUUAAAACAUAUUAUAUGUAAGGCUGUCUUUAUUAGAAACAUAAUGAAGUGUCAAUCUCUAUGAUAUAGUUAUACGCACACAAAGAAAAAAGUUUUUUUUUUCCGGUUUGUACUUCUAUAGAACGUACGUAUCUCAAAAGCGUGACACAACUCUGCCGAUAAUACGGUAAUCGCGGUACAGGUGAUUAUUGUCUCCUCUUAUUACCAAAUAGCCAAUGACACUUUGUUAAGAGCAGCUGCAAUGGGAUAACAUAGAGCAGUCCUUAAGAUUAAUCCUUAAGUCUAAGGGAUUAAAAAAAUAAUAAAACACCCACUGUAGCUAAGAAAGAGUCCUUAACUAAGAGGAUUAAGGAUUGAGUCCUUAAUGUGCUGGCACCAAUUAUCUCUUCUCUUCACUUCACCAUGGCUGCUUCAGCUUCUUCUCUAGCUCUCUCUCUACCUUCACCCCCAAGUCCCUUCCUUUCUCCAUCUCCAGACCCGCCUCCGCUUCCCUCUCCUUCAAACUCCACUUCGAGUCCUCCGCUUCCCUCUCCGUCUCCAUCUCCGCCGUCGCGUUGAGACGAUUCGAUUAUCUCCGUCACACGCUGUCGAUUUCUUCCCGCCGCCACUGAAUGGGUGAAAGGCAAAGCUAUGGAGGAAGUCCUGACCAUCAAGAACACUGAAAUUGCGAAGCAUCUUUCUCUCCCACAAGUGAAGCUCCACUGCAGUAUGUUGGCGGAGGACGCCAUCAAGGCAGCUGUGAAGGAUUACAAGGAGAAGCGUGUGAAGACAAACGGUGCUUGAGAAACCCACACAGGCUUUGAUUCCUUCUGUUAAUUGUUUAUACCAUUAUGUGUGUAUGAUGGUGGAAACAGGGAAGGUGUAAAAGAGGACCUAUGUGGUAUGUUCUCUUAAGGUUCAAGUCUAAAAAGUACUUUUGAAUAAACUAUGUUUGACAAAAACAUGUGAAAAGAAGAAUCGUUUGCUUCUUUUUUUUGCCCUUCAGUUUUUGAUGUUUUGUAAUGAUUUUCCCUUUCUUUA